UUGAUAUGCUGUUCUUGUUGAAAUAGCGUCACUUCCUUUUGCGACUUAAACGAAGAGGCACGUGUAGGAUUACAGUAGUUUUCCUUUUAUUCGUUUUCGAGUUUUAAGAGCAUAAAAUAAUUAGAAUUGUCGUUCGUAUUAUUCUCUAUAUUAGAUAAUAAUAGAUAAUAUAUCUAAACAUGGAGAAGGAUCAAGAAAAAAUAAGCAACGAUCGACUGAACGGCGACGCCGUCGUUGAGGUUACUAAGGACGCGCCGGCCGUUGACGCUAAAGAUGAAACAAACAGUGAAGAAAUCUCUGAUUCUACGGAAAAGAAUCCGAAGGAAUCUGCCGAAUCUUCGGAGAAAAACACGGAAGAACCCUCUGCGGAACUUUUGGAGAAAAUAAAGGCACAAGUAGAGUAUUACUUUGGCAAUGUAAAUAUGCAAAGGGACAAGUUUCUCAUUGAGCAAACAAAACUUGACGAAGGCUGGGUUCCAAUGACUGUUAUGUUAAACUUUAAAAUGUUGGCAUCUAUUAGCAAAAAUAUUGAUAUAAUUCUGAAAGCUUUGGAAACCAGUGACCUCAUGGAGAUAUCUAAAGAUAGAAAAAAAAUACGGCGCUCACCAAAAUAUCCUCUGCCGGAAUAUAAUGAAGGAUAUAGAAAAGCUCAAGAAGCACGAACAGUUUAUGUAAAAGGCUUUCCAUUGACUGGUAUAACUAUUGAAAAACUGAAAGUUUUUUUCGAACCAUACAAGCCAUUUGAAACGAUUGUGAUGAGAAAAUAUCAGGAUAAAGAUAAAUCUUAUAAGUUUAAAGGAUCUAUUUUUAUACAAUUUGAGACUUUGGAUAGUGCCAAAGCCUUUAUGGCUAUAGAAUCUGUAAAAUAUGAAGAUACAGAAUUAAUAAGGAAAUGGGCUGCAGAUUAUAAUGCAGAGAAAGCACAAGAGAAAGAGGAACGUAGGAAAAAGAGAGAUAAAUCGAAGAAAUCAACUACAGAACAAAAAGAAAAAGAAAUGGAGGAGGAAAAGAUACAACAGGUAUCUUUAGAAAUAGAUAAAUUGCCCAAAGGUCCUAAAUUGCCAAAGGGCUCAGUUAUUUACUUCUCUGGUGUCUCUAAGACAUGUACAAGAGAAGAUAUUAAAGAAAGUUUAGACAAAUAUGAUGCUCAAAUUGCAUUCAUUGAUUUCCAAAGAGGAGAUAUGGAAGGUUGGGUGCGUCUCCAAGGAGAAAAUGCCGCUAAACCUUUAUUAGAAAAAUUAAACGAAGGCAAGGUGAUGAUUCAAGAAGUUGAGGUUAUUUGUAAAAUUCUCGAAGGUGAGGAAGAAGAUAAAUACCUUAUCAAAGCUAUGGGAGAUAUGAUAGCUUCGAAGAAUAAAUUUAUUAAAGCUAAACGAGGUAGAAAAGGACGUGCGCGAGGCGCGAAGAAGAGAACUAAUAGUCCCUCUCAUGAUGCAAUUCCAUCUAAGAAGAGAAUUGUUGAAUAAGAUAAGAACUUUACAUAAUGUACAUUACACUGUGUUUUCAUCGUAUUAACGAAUUAUAUAUAUAUAUGUCCUUAGAAACA